AUGACCCAGGCUCAAGCUCGAGAGGACACAGGGAAUCCUGAGAAGCCAAACGUACGCUUCUCUACCGACUUGAAGGGCCACUCGGCCCCAAUUGAGAAAGUCGCUUUCAAUCCGGUGAAGGACGCCGAAUUGUGCAGUGUUAGCAACGAUGGUGUUGUAAAGUUUUGGGAUGUUCGAUCAAAAACCUGCAUCAACGAGAUCAAGGGCCUGGGGGAUGCGUUCACCCUUGCGUGGGCACCUGAUGGCGAAUCUCUAGUUGUUGGUAACAAGGUUCGGUGA